GGCGCGCGCGCGCUGCCUGCGGGAGCGGCGGCGGCGGCGGCGGGAGGGCGGCGGGCGAGCGGCGGCCGCCGCCGCCGGGAAGGAUGCGGCUGCGGAUCUACAAGCGGAAGGUGUUGCUGCUGGCGCUGGCGCUGGCCCUCUGCGCGCUGGCGCUGUGGGGAAGCGGCGGCGGAGGAGGCGGCGGCGGGCGGAGGCGGCAGCAGCAGCAGCGGGGCGGUACCGGUACCACCGGGGAGACGCCGAGGGUCAGCGAGCCGCCGCCGCCGCGCCGCCCCGCUGCCAACGCCUCGGCCGCAUCGGCGGCACCGCCGCUUCUCAGCGAGAACGGGACGCUGAGUUACCGCUCGCUCGUUUACCGGCUGAACUUCGACCAGCCGGUGCGGAACGCCGGGCGCUUCCCGGCGCGGGCCGCCGCCGCCGACGUGGUGCUGGUGGUGCAGGUGCACGACCGAGCCGAGCACCUGCGGCUGCUGCUGGAGUCGCUGCGGCGGGCGGCGGGAGUGGAGAACGUGCUGCUGGUGCUGAGCCACGACCUGUGGGCCGAGGAGCUCAACCGGCUGGCGGCGGGCGUGGACUUCUGCCCCGUCCUGCAGGUCUUCUUCCCCUUCAGCAUCCAGCUCUACCCCCGCGAGUUCCCCGGCCACGACCCCCGCGACUGCCCCCGCGACGUGGGCAAGGCGGCGGCCCUGCGCAUGGGCUGCAUCAACGCCGAGUACCCCGACUCCUUCGGGCACUACCGGGAAGCUCGUUUCUCCCAGACCAAGCACCACUGGUGGUGGAAGCUGCAUUUCGUCUGGGAGCGGGUGCGGGCGUUGCGGGAACACACUGGGCCCGUCCUCUUCCUGGAGGAGGACCACUACCUGGCACCCGACUUCUACCACGUCCUCAAAAAGCUCUGGGCCCUGCGCGAGCAGGAGUGCCCCGAGUGCCAGAUCGUCUCCUUGGGCACCUACAGCCCCGUCCGCGGUGGCUUCGCCGGCCGCGCCGAUAAGGUGGAGAUGAAGACGUGGAAGUCCACGGAGCACAACAUGGGCAUGGCCUUCAGCAGAGACACCUACCAGAAGCUCAUCGAGUGCACGGAUGCCUUCUGCACCUACGACGACUACAACUGGGACUGGACUCUGCAGCACUUGACUGUCUCUUGUCUUCCAAAGUUCUGGAAAGUGCUGGUUCCGGAAAUCCCCAGGAUUUUUCACACGGGGGACUGUGGCAUGCACCACAAGAAAUCCUGCAGACCGUCCACCCAGAGUGCCAAAAUUGACUCUCUCUUGAACAGCAACCAUCAGUACCUGUUUCCCGAAAUGAUGAGUGUCAGUAAAAGGUACUCCAUGGCACCCCUGUCCCCUCAUGUGAAAAAUGGAGGGUGGGGAGAUAUUAGGGACCACGAACUCUGUAAAAGUUACCGCAGACUUCAGUGAGGAUCGGUCUCGCAGCCUUUUUUUUUUUUUUUGAGUUGUUCCGUACUGUCUUUUACAGGCACACGUGUAUAAAAAGCAUUUAUGAGUUGGUUUCUGCUUUAAUAUGAAUAAACAUUCUUGUAAAAGGUG